AUUGGCUCGAAGGGCUUCGAUCUCGGCGGUCCGCUGCUCAGAGCGUCCAGCUGAGAUGGUUCGCCAAGAGACGCCCGAGCCUCCUGAUUUCUUUCGCUUUGGGGCAUCCUUUACUUCCAGAUGGUUACUGCUCGUAUCUUCGGAUUCGGUCGGGGUUGUAGCAGCGGGUUCGGUGGAGUCGUUGCUAUCGGUACUGCCUUGGCGCUGUGCGCUCUGCUGCUCGUCGCCUUCACUGUCACUGUCCUGGAGAUAUUUCUGUGCAUCAAUGUCAGUUCUUGCAGUCAUGCUUCUUGACACCCUGGACAGUGGCAUCUCGCUUCGAGAUGGAAGCAUAUGUGAUCGAUGAAACAACUUACCGUGCCGGCGAAAGGUGAUGCGACAGUGUGUCGUGGAGGUGCGACAGGCUCCCUCGCGGUGCGACGAUCUCCUCUCGGCGUGUUGGACCGAUCAGGCGAUGCCGGAGAGUCGGAUCGGCGACGCGGCGGCGGGCUCGGACGGCGGAGACGUCGCGACCGUGGCAAUACUUGUUCGUCUUCGCUAUCGUCAAGGUACGCCAAUGGACCGGCGGCAAGAGCGACGGCCUCUCUCGGUGGUCGUGCAGCGGCAAGUGCGGCCUCACCAGAACCUCUCCGGCCUGCGCCAAGACUUACACGAGACUGGGCAAGUUUGUACGGCGCAGGACUUGGAAAGCGAUCAGGCCGAUUCUUCAAAUGCGCAGGGCGAUCGAGAAAUUCGUCUUCGCUAUCGCGCAAUGAAUCAACUUUGGCGACAGAUGACGCGACGCUUUUGCUUGGAGGCGAGAUGGGACUUGGCUUGGUCACGGGCAGCGGCUUGACGGUCUUGGUCUUGGUUCGGCGACGAUUGUCGUCACUGUCAUCUUCAAAUCCGGUAGCCCAGGGAUCUCGACCUUUGCGACGGCCGGUAUCCGCUCGUAAGCCUUUGAAUUGUUUUUGGAGAGCGUAUGUUGCCAUGAGUCAAAAAGAGGGAGUUGUACCCCGGAGACAAGGGUUAUUGCUCGCGAAGCGGGAGGCCGAUAGGACUGGAUAAGCAGCAAGAACAGCUUUGGGCGAUCAUGGACGGUGAGUGGGGAAGGCCUGGAACCUUGCGUUCCGGCGAAGCGGACGUCACUCGUUGGACCAGAGGAAGGAGAACGUUGCGACGGCGAGAAGUCCGAUAGUGAUAGAAUAAUUCCAAAGAUGCGGACAGUAGGCGAGUGAAAAUGGCUGUGACCAGACGACGAUGAUGAUGGCGACCUUGGGAUGAUGGAGAGAAGCGUUCCGGGAAUCUAAG